AUGAACGUCGCCCCAGGGACAGAUCUGACCAGCUGCGGACCAGCAUGAGGGAGCAAUACCAGGAGUCGGCCCAGCACAAUCGACGCGCGGCCGAGGAGCAGUUCCGCAAGCGGCUCACGGCUGCAAAGCGCGAGAACACAAAAUGCCAGGCCCAGCGACCGGAGCUUUGAUUUCAUUGUGCUUUGUUGAUUUCAUUCUCGCUGAGUGCGUCCUUGCAGAUGCAGUUCUCCACCGAUGCAGGAGCGGCUGGCUCAGCCGUGAACCAGCAAAGUUCCCUGGAAGGGACCCUGGCAGACACAGAAGCUGACUACCUAGCUCAGCUGUCGGAAAUCCAGAUGAAGGUCAGCAGCCUGGAGGAGCAGAUCUGCCAGAUCCGGGGCGAGACCGAAUGCCAGAACGCAGAGUAUGAACAACUGCUGGACAUCAAGACCCGCCUGGAGAUGGAGAUCGAGACCUACCGCCGCCUGCUCGAUGGAGAGGAAGGGCAAGCCAUCAAUACCUUGAUUUUUAUGUUUUCUAAAAAAUGA